AUGUCUCUGAGCCACAUCCUCAUCCCUGCCGACCGACGACCGAUCGACCCUCCGCCGAUCGUCCAGCUGCGUGUUAUCGAUCCUUCUCAGCGUCGACCACAGUCUGGUGAUUCGCGUUCUAGUUCGCCCGAUGGUGCAGCUGCGUCUCUCGCGUCGCAGAGCUUCUUGCAAAACCCAUACUACUUCAUGUUCGCUAGCCUCGCCAAGCCUGAUGAGGAUGUCGAGUUGCAUUGGCUCAAGGAUGGCAAGACUCGUUGUACGACUGGUUCAGUCGUCUCCUCGCUUUAUCACCUAAAGGACGCUGAGGCAGGUGGAGAAGAUGCCGGAUUCUUUGUAUUCCCGGACUUGAGCGUCCGCACGGAGGGAAGUUACAGAUUGAAACUCAGCCUUUUCGAGGUCGUCGGCUCAAACGUAUACCACUGCAAGUCGAUCUUUUCGGCCCCGUUCUAUGUAUAUACAGCCAAGAAAUUCCCGGGAAUGGAAGAGUCGACACCGCUUUCGUGCUCCCUCGCGGACCAGGGUAUUAAAAUUCGUAUCCGGAAGGAUAUCCGUGUGCGCAAGCGGCCCAUACAAGCCCUCGGAGACGCGCCAGUUCCUCUGCCCAUGCCUGGGCCACCACCAGGAGGAGCGUUUGGGCCGGUACCAGUGCGCCUAGAUGAUCCGGAACCCGAAGAGGAGCGAGAGAAAGAGGAAGAGAUGGCGAGAGAAGUUGACGUAAGGGAGUCCAGUCGCGACUACGAACACAGAAGAGACGAUGAGAGGGAAAGGGAGAGUCCAUGGGAGGAGCCCAGGAGGGUGUCAGGCAGGCGAGAUAGUGGUGCAGGGCCAUCUGCCGAGGCUGGUGGGAGGAGAGAAAGUAUGGGUGAGCGAAGUGCAAAGCGAGCUCGAGCAGAUGAUGGGAACAUUGGGAUCAAUACGAGCGGUGGGAUUCCAGAGGGCACGGAUGCCAGUCCUGCAAGUGCGGGCCCGUCCAGUGCGGGAUGGGGUCCAAUUGACCCGACGCUUGCACCAUCGCAGCAAGCUCAGCCUAGUGUUCAAGUCUCGCAGGCUCAGACAACGAUGGCCGAACAUCACUAUGCACCAGCUCCUUCCCCUGUAGCUGCGUCCGGUGCUGUAUCAUAUGACCGUUACGCCGCAGCGCCUAUACAAGCAUCCGCACCUGCACAAGCGCAAGCGCCCCCGCCCUAUCAUUAUGAUUCUGCUCAUGCACCCCAACCCACACAUCACUAUGGAGCGCCCCCACCGAUGCACCACUACAGUCAUGUCCCACCCCCCGUCCACCACCCGGUAUCAGGGUACCCAUAUCCGCCAACACAGGGCCCGGGGCAGGGCCCUUGGUACGAAUCUUACGCACACCAUUAUUCUAUGCCCCCCCCUUCUUCACACCAUCCGCAUGCCCACCAUGCUCCACCGCCCCCACCCAGGUAUGGAGAAUAUCCGGGCUACGCCCAGGGAUAUGCGUACUACGAACACGCGCCACCACCACCGUCUCAGCCCGGCCCACCUCAACAUCACCAGCAGCACCCAGGUCAACACCAUAUGCCACCGCCGCCACCUUCGGCGCAACACGCGCAUCAUUCUUAUCAGCAUUCUGGCUACGCACCCGUUCCCACUCCGCCGUCACCCUCCGCAGCGACGGCCUCCGCGACUGUACAGUACGAGUAUGCUGCUCCUUCCGGCGGCGGGAGCCCGACAGAUACUCGUUCCCAAGUACAAGGGUCUGCGGGCUCGGUCCACGCAUCCCGUAGUUACGGGGCACCGCAGUACGCUUCUGCCCCUCCUCCCACGUCCGGGCCUGGGCAAAGCCCAACCGCACAGCACCAUUAUGGUGGUCAGGCACCACAGUCGGCGUACGCGUCGCAAUACCCCGCUGCACCGCCUCAGAGCCAGGUGCAGAGCGCGAGUCAAGGCCACGCUAGCGGAAGCGGAGGCGGAGGCGGGUCGCGUGGGCAGUACCAAUUGAGCACUCCACCGCAUGUUCAUCAGACGCCGGGGUUUAAUGUCUACCCGCCUGCGCCGAAUACAGGCGGCGCGAGCAUGAGCAGCCCCGUCAAUGCGAGCACGGGUGGUCCUCCGAGUGCGGGGGGUAAUGCUGGUGGGAGCGGGGAAAGCGCAUGGGGAUAUGCGCCGGCGGCGAGCGCGUGGGGUGUCGGUCCGGGCGCGAUGGUACAAGGCGAUCCGUAUCCUUACGAAAGUCAUCCUGGACGCAUACACAACGGGAUUCGACUGGCGCCUCUUCGCGUUGGGCAGGGUUCCCCUCCUCCUGGAUCGGGGGAGAGAGCUGUGCCUGGGAAGAAAAACCCGCUGAGCAUCGGCAACAUCAUCUCCGACGAUACGAGGUGA